AUGGUUGACUACAUUAAAUUUGUCAUUUUUAAGCAUUUUUUACCUAGUACUAUUAGCAAGUUGGGUAACCUUGAAGAAUUAGAUGUUAGCAAAUGCAAGAAUUUGGAAGGAGAAAUCCCUACAAAAGGGUUGUCUUCACUAAAGAUCCUUCGAUUAAGUGGAUCAAGCAUUUCUGGCUUCCUCGAUGGAUUCGAUAAGCUUUCUCGUUUGGAGAAACUUGAAGAAUUAGAGGCCGGAGAAUGCAAAAAUCUAGGAGGGGAGAUUUGUAUAGAUGGGUUGUCUUCACUAAGGGUCCUUCGAUUAGGUUGGACAAGCAUUUCUGGCUUCUCCAAUGGAUUCAAUAAGCUUUCUCUUCUUAAGAAACUUGAAGAAUUAGAUGUCAGACAAUGCAAGAAUCUGAGAGGGGAAAUCCCUAUAGAUGGGUUGUCCGCACUAAAGAUCCUUCGAUUAAAUGGGACAAGCGUUUCUGGCUUCCCUAACUUAUUCAAUAAGCUUUCUCGUCUGAAAAAACUUGAAAAAUUAGAUGUCAAAGAAUGCGAGAAUUUAGGAGGGGAAAUUCUUAUAGAUGGGUUGUCUUCACUGAGGGUCCUUCGAUUAGCCGGGACAAGCAUUUUUGGCUUCUCCAAUGGAUUCAAUGAGCUUUCUCGUCUAAAGAAACUUGAAGAAUUAGAUGUCCGCAAAUGCAAGAAUUUGGAAGGAGAACUCCCUACAAAAGGGUUGUCUUCACUAAAGAUCCUUCGAUUAAGUGAGUCCGGCGUUUCUGGCUUCCUUGAUGGAUUCGAUAAGCUUUCUCGUUUGGCCAAACUUAAAGAACUAGAUGCCACAAGAUGCAAGAAUCUAGGAGGGAAGAUUCUUAUAGAUGGGUUGUCUUCACUGAAGAUCCUUCGAUUUGGUUGGACAAGCAUUUCUGGCUUCUCAAAUGGAUUCAAUAAGUUUUCUCGUCUUCAGAAACUUGAAGAAUUAGAUAUUAGACAAUGCAAGAAUCUGGGAGGGGAAAUCCCUGUGGAUGGGUUGUCUUCACUGAAGAUCCUUCGAUUAAAUGGAACAAGCGUUUCUGGCUUCCCCGACUUAUUCAAUAAGCUUUCUCGUCUGACGAAACUUGAAAAACUAGAUGCCACAGGAUGCAUGAAUCUAGGAGGGGAAAUUCUUAUAGAUGGGUUGUCAUCACUGAGGAUCCUUCGAUUUGGUUGGACAAACAUUUCUGGCUUCUCCAAUGGAUUCAAUAAACUUUCUCUUCUUGAGAAACUUGAAGAAUUAGAUAUUAGACAAUGCAAGAAUUUAGGAGGGGAAAUCCCUGUGGAUGGGUUGUCUUCACUGAAGAUCCUUCGAUUAAAUGGAACAAGUGUUUAUGGCUUCCCCGACUUAUUCAAUAAGCUUUCUCGUCUAACGAAACUUGAAGAGCUAGAUGCCACAGGCUGCAUGAAUCUAGGAGGGGAAAUUCUUAUAGAUGGGUUGUCUUCACUGAGGAUCCUUCGAUUAGGUUCGACAAACAUUUCUGGUUUCUCCAAUCGAUUCAAUGAGCUUUCUCGUCUAGAGAAACUUGAAGAAUUAGAUGUCAACAAAUGCAAGAAUUUGGAAGGAGAAAUCCCUACAGAAGGGUUGUCUUCACUAAAGAUCCUUCGAUUAAGUGGGUCAAGCAUUUCUGGCUUCCUCGAUGGAUUCGAUAAGCUUUCUCGUUUGGAGAAACUUGAAGAAUUAGAGGCCGAAGAAUGCAAGAAUCUAGGAGGGGAGAUUUGUAUAGAUGGGUUGUCUUCACUAAGGAAUCUCGAGAGGGGAAAUCCCUAUAGAUGGGUUGUCCGCACUAAAAAUCCUUCGAUUAAGUGGGACAAGCGUUUCGGCUUCCCUAACUUAUUCAAUAAGCUUUCUCGUCUGGAAAAACUUGAAAAAUUAGAUGUCAAAGAAUGUGAGAAUUUAGGAGGGGAAAUUCUUUUAGAUGGGUUGUCUUCACUGAGGGUCCUUCGAUUAGCUGGGACGAGCAUUUUUGGCUUCUCUAAUGGAUUCAAUGAGCUUUCUCGUCUAGAGAAACUUGAAGAAUUAGAUGUCCGCAAAUGCAAGAAUUUGGAAGGAGAAAUCCCUACAGAAGGGUUGUCUUCACUAAAGAUCCUUCGAUUAAGUGAGUCCGGCGUUUCUGGCUUCCUUGAUGGAUUCGAUAAGCUUUCUCGUCUGGCGAAACUUGAAGAACUAGAUGCCACAGGAUGCAUGAAUCUAGGAGGGGAAAUUCUUAUAGAUGGGUUGUCUUCACCGAGGAUCCUUCGAUUUGGUUGGACAAACAUUUCGGCUUCUCCAAUGGAUUCAAUAAACUUUCUCUUCUUGAGAAACUUGAAGAAUUAG